AUGUUUCAAAUUAAAAAUAAAUCUGUUCUAGUUGUAGAAACUGAGUUCGUUAUUAACUGUUUCUUAAAAAAAAAUUCACUUAGUUUAAAAUAUGAAUAUAUCGAAUCGAAGAAACAGAAGACAAUAGGUUAUACUGUCAAUGCAUCCUAUUUCUAUGAUGCAUUAUACGACAAUGAAUACAUAUUUUUAAUUAAGGAUAACGGUUUCCUUGAAAUUUUGGGUAAAGAUUUUACACAGGUUGAUCUAUUAGAUACAGAAAUACCUUUUAAAGAAGAUUAUGCUAAUAUUUAUUUUGUGUUUAACUUCAAAAAUAACCAGUUAUAUAUAAAUUUAGAGAAAAGAAGAAUAUUUGCGAUUGAUAUAAAGUUAACGAAAGAUUCAUUAGUGUUUUCUCCAAAAGAUAAGAUACUUACUUGCAUAUUUGAAUCAACAUCUAAUAUUAUUCAAUUCGAUGGUUCAAUUAAUCUUGAUCAUACAAAUGAGAAAGAAUUUUUUGGAUUAUCUUUAUUGACCUCCAAAUGGGACUACGAAUCUAAUUGCAAUCUGUAUUCGAUAAUUGCAUUACAAUUGCACUCUAAGUCGAAAUCAUUUCCAUUUUCAAUUUUAAUGGAAGAAAAAGAUUUAAAGUUUAAUUUAGAUGAUAUAGAUGAUACCAUGAUACCAAUUUUGAAAAUGGUACCCAAUAUGGGUUUAUUUAUAUUUACAAAUCAAACAUUAUACUUUUUUGAGUUUUUAAUGGAUAUAAGGCACAAUAUAAGUGACACUUUAGUUGAUAAAUCUUAUGAGUUCUCUUACAAUUCUCAAAAUUUUGGUAAUAUUACACCAAAUAUUCUGGUUUCAAAGAACGCAGAUAAUAUAAUCUUCACUCUCGCGACAACUAAAUCAUUUUUAGUACACAUUUCACUUAGGUUAUUACUUGAACAUCCUGAUGAGUAUGUGUUCUAUUGGAGUGAAUUUCAAGUUGUAAAUACAUUGUUGGAUUAUUGUCCAAAUCAAGUUUUUAGUUGUGGAGGCAAUUCUCAGGAGAUAUUGGGACAAUCAACUUCUGGAGAAAUAUAUGAAUCAAUUCAUGACAACGAUAUAAUAUCUUCAACAAUCAUAAAAUAUUAUAAGUCAAAAAAUUUUUCUUGUUAUAAUUCUGAACUGGUUGGAUACUCCGUUAAAAAAUUGAUAAACAGUAUCGGCUCUUACAAUGAUAAUAUAGGUUAUAUCAGAGUCUGCUAUAGAGGUUAUGAAAAUAUCUUAAAAAAUGAAAAGUGUUUAAAAUCAACAAAUUCUAAAGUAACAGGAGUUUGGAUUACAAAUUCGUCGAUUUACUGGAAGGACAAUGAAAAUAGAAUUUACAAAGAUACUGAAGAAUUGAAAGAUGUUAAGGGUGCAAUUCAUGUUACAAAAGACAAUAGGUUCAUAGAAGUGGAUACAAAAAAUGAUAUGCUAAUAAUAGCAGAUGUUCCCAAUGAUGAUUCAUAUACUUACAUCAACAAACAUGGAUAUUUGCUUAACAGCAAAAAUAAGUUAAUUUCCUGCAAAAUAAAGAACUUUAAAGGUGAAUUUUUAAGUAAAUAUUGUUUAUUUUCAAUCAAAUCAGCUAAAUCGUAUCUCCAUUUAGUAAUAAAUGAAAGCACAAUAUCAAUAGUAGAAGAUUCCAAUUAUGUUACAAAUCCAAUCGAUAUUGGUUCAUUUGUUAAUGAUGCUUGUUUUUUCCCAAAUAUCGACAAAUUCAAUGUUAUCAUUGCAUCAGAUGUGCAUGGCUCCAUUUUUAUUAUUAGAACAGAAAAUGAUUGGAGAUCCUACGAAAUAGAAGAGCAAAUGUUAACAAACCAAAAAUUAAAAUUACAUUUGUUAGUAAAUCUACAACAGUUAAUUAUAUAUGGUCCCGAUUCCUCCUUUAUUUUAUCACACAAUGAAACGCAUCAUGGAUAUGAUAUUUUCGUAGCUGAUAUGAAUUCUAAUAUCGAAUACAUCUCAUCAAGUCCCGAUGAACAAUCUAUUUGUGUUUUGACAAAAGAGAACAUGAUUUAUGGAUACCAAAUUGGAUUGCUUAAAGCUGACAUGAUAUCUUAUCAAAUUAAAACAGAUAACCAUUUUAUAAUGAAAUCAGUGUCACUUCCCUCCUCAUUAAAAUUUAUUGUUUCAUGUUCAGUUUUCAACUUUUAUGAUAACAUAUUAAAAAAAUUUAAACUAUUUUAUCAGUUGCUUACAUUUGAUUUACAUGAAAGGAAAUUAGUUGAUUCUUUUGAUAUUGCCAAAUAUUUUCCGAAUAGUAGAGUUUCUGACAUGAUUACUAUGCCAUUCAAUAUACCAGAAAGAACUUUAGACAAUAAGGUAGAUUAUGCAAAACGACUUGUAUAUAAUAGAUGUUUCUUAGUUUCAUUAGAUAUCGAAGAAAAUGAAUCCUUUUCGUUACCAAAUAUACUUUUAUUUUCAUUAGAUGAAGAAACUGGUCAAAUAGAUCUACAAUGUCAAAUUAGUAGCCAGUUUCAAAUUUCAAAAUUAAUCAAUUAUUCAGGAAAUAUUUUUAUUGCUUGUGGUGAAGAAUUACAAAUGUUUGAAGUCAAUUUUCGUGUCAAUGACAAUGCCUUUGUACUUAAGGAAUGUUCAAAUAAUUUUGUAACGAAUGCUAUUUAUGGAGAUACUUUUAUCAUUCCGGGAGUAGAAACAGCAGAAAUAUCUCGAAAUUAUCCUUUAUCAAAAAAAUCUAGAACUAACAUUAAACCUGUUAGCAAUUUGCAUCUUUUUAAUUACUUUAAAGGUUUACAAACAUUUUCUAUAAGUAAGAAUAUCAAUAAAAAGUUCGAACUAAAACAGAUCAAUUCAAUGUCAAGAAUAGAUAAUUUGAAUCUGCCCUCCGAAAGCAUGAUAUCUGCGUACGCUCAUUCUACACAUGAAACCAGUUCAGUAUUUGCAAUUUGCGUAGCACCUAAUAAAAUAUUUAUUUAUAAUGAAACUGAAUUGUUAUCUUUCAGGCUACCUUAUAAAGUAGUUAAUAUUAUAUCUGCAAAUAAAACAGCUGAUAUUUCAUGGAAAAAUGUUUCAAGAUCCUCCUUUAAACAAUCUCGACAUCCCGAGAUGUCAUUGUUAUUUAUAAUUAAUACAGAAAAUGAAGGCUGUUAUUUUCUGAAGGUUCCAUCAAACAGUAAAACAUUAUUAUUGAAUAAAUUGCAAACUUUAAAACAGUAUGACUUAAUUUCAACAGAUUCCAUCACGGAAGAUGAGGAAUUUGAAACAAUGAUGCAAGAUAAUGAACAAGAGGAGCUAGAUUUAGAAUACAAUAACAUUAUUAAACAACAUAGUACUAUUUUCUUCGAUUCUAGAUCUUAUUCCAGUGAUUUUUCCAUACCUUUUUAA